GUGGGCGAUGGCCGUCUUCUGAAGAUGGAGUACGACUACACAAAAGAUGUCGACGCCGCCCUCCCUAAUGCCGAUAUUCUUGCCAAGACUGGAAACGUGGCGGGUGCUGUCGAGUCGUUGAACACACUGGAGAAGCAGUCGCGUCUCGGCAGUGAUAUGAAGAGCAAUGCCCGCGUGGUUCAACAUAUGGUCCAGAUGUGCUUUGACGGGAAACAAUGGGAUCUGCUAAACGAGACAAUUCUGGCAUUGUCGAAGAAGCGGCUUCUCAUCAAGGUGGCCAUCGCUCGAAUGGUUCGCAGCUGUUGUCAAAUGGUUGAAAAGAUGCCAACUGAAGAAUUGAGGAUGAAGCUCAUCGAGACACUCCGCACUGUCACUGCCGGAAAGAUUUACGUGGAAGUGGAUCGGGCUCGUUUGACGUCGUAUGUCGUCAAGAAGCUUGAGGCACAAGGAAAACUGCAGGAGGCGGCGACGAUGCUUCUCGAGCUCCAGGUCGAGACGUAUGGCAGUAUGGAGGUCAAGGAGAGGGUGGAAUUCCUUCUGGAACAGAUGCGACUAUCUGUUGCUCGUGAAGACUACGUUCGUGCCAGCAUCAUUGCCAAGAAGAUCAGCACCAAGUUCUUCACCAAGGAACCUGUUGAGGAUCAGGUGCAAAACCAGGCGCACAAGCUGUGGAAGUUAAUGUACGACGAUUGGCCGACACGCUCAACAAGGUCGCUCAUC